AUGUACCUAAAGCCGCCGUUUGCCCUUGUCAUAUUAUUGAUAAACAAACCGACUAUCAUCAUCGCCCAUUCUCCCUAUCAGAUCUCGUUCACGAUGAGUGUAGACGACAGAACUCCAAGCAUGACUGCCCCUGAGAACGAGGCCGAGCUGGAGGCAUUCCGACAGAAGUGGCGAGAAGAGGUCUCGACUAGGAACAAGACAGCAGGAGGAACGUCCAAGAAAGCUCGCGAGCACGAUACCACGACAACGCUGCCGUAUCCUGUACAGAACGCGGCUGGCUCAUCAACUGCGCGUCGGAAAGACGAUUUUAAUGAGGAAGUCGCGCCCAAAGCAUAUCACGACCUGCCAGAUAAAGAAGAGCAGUUGAAGCUUGGUAUAGCAGGGCAAGAUCACGAUAGAGAUGCCUACAGGGAACCAAGUUCGGCUCUCGAGCAUUAUGAAAAAGCAGUAGAAAAGGAAACACAAGGGCAGCUUGGUGAAAGCCUGAGACACUAUCGCAAAGCGUUCAAAGUGCGUCUGAUACCCCUGCCUUGUCUCGAUGACGGCGUUCAUGAGUCCUACAAGCGCAAAUACUUUCCUCCUUCUGUCUUCAAGAAGUCCAAAGCAACGAACACGAAUGCAUCCGCCACACUGCCCCGGACCGACCAUCACUCCCUACGCUCGGGCGAGGAGGCACUACCGGCAACCGUGAAACAGCUUGUCGAUGAGUUUUCGCAGCUCAGCAUUAAACCUCCUGAGCCGCCCACUGACCUGUCUCCGCCUGAGAAAUGCCCUAUUGCUGAACUGCCUGAGGAGAUCUUGACCCAUGUGCUUUCUGAGCUGGCCAUCACAGAUGUCGCUCAAUUCAUGAAGCUUGCCUUAGUGUGCAAGCGUCUAGCUUACCUUGUGCUUACGGAGCAGUCUAUCUGGAAGCGUGUCGCCAUGGAUUCACCGUAUGGCUUCCCCGCGAUGCACUAUGACUAUGCUGUAGACGUGGAUGGCUUCCCACUCGAUGCGAAUCACCAAAUCGCACACUAUCUGGGCGAGAAGGACGAAGAAGAUCCAGAGAGCGCAUCCGCCUUGCCACCGACCCCAGAGGAGAAGGCAAUUGCCUACGCUGCUUUGACGGAAGAGCUUCUCCACAGCCAGUAUCAGUCAUCUUGGCGUGUCAUGUUCCGCUCACGACCUCGAAUCCGCUUCAACGGCUGCUACAUCAGCACAGUCAACUACACUCGAGCAGGAGCGAACAGCACCAAUACCUUAACUUGGGGUGCUCCCGUCCACGUAGUCACCUACUUCCGCUACCUACGCUUCUUCCGCGACGGAUCCUGCAUUUCCCUCCUCACCACCUCCGAGCCGGCAGAUGUCGUCCACUACCUGACUCGCGAACAUAUACACGACCGUCACCCUCAAGGCUCCAUGCUCCCACAAGCCGUCAUGCGCGAUGCUCUACGCGGACGAUGGAGACUGUCAGGACCACACUCUUCAGUCCCAGAUGCCGUCACCGGCGAAGAUGAGGCGGAAGGUGAUGUCUAUGUGGAAACGGAAGGCGUUGUACCAAAAUACAACUACAAGAUGCAUCUCGCACUGGCAAACGCUGGCAAGGGAGCUAGAAACAAUAAGCUUGCGUGGAAAGGCUUCUGGAGCCACAAUAAGCUGACUGACGAUUGGGGUGCUUUCACGCUCAGAAAUGACAAGGCUUUUUAUUGGAGUCGCGUCAAGACUGCCAGCUCAUCUCAACAGAAUGCAGCAGGCCUAGCCGUGUGUUUUCACCUUGGCUCCAUCAAGUACAAUUCUGGAACUGCGGUGAAGCUCUCUAGAUCUUAUAUCACAGCUCCUAUCGAAUUCGUCCCUCUCUGCCGUUCAUUCUGCACGAUUCUGCGAUCUUGCGUCAAGUGCCUUGCUCAGCCUGGCGUGCAGCAUUGGGCUUGGGCUUUUUCUAACACGUUAAUAUAUGAAGUUCACUUACCCGGUCUUGAUUGGCCGGUAACAACCGCCGCUAGCUUAUGUUUGCAUGAUUCCAACGGUCUUGCCUACCUCGAGUCGCUAAAGUUCACUUACCUGACCCUCAUUGGCCGGUAA